UCCAGGAUGGAAGGUCUGCUGACUACACCUGUGACUGAAGUGUUGAAUCGAGCGGUUGCUGCAACUGUGGUGAUCCUGCUGGCUGUGGAGGAUUCUAUCGGUCCCAUUUGGCAAGUCAACACCACCAUAGGACAAAGUGCUCUGACAUCUGUUGUUGACUACUUACAGAGAGAAAACAACCAGGACAGGAAGAAGGCGUUGCUACAGUGCUUUGGGACAGUUCUCAGCCAUCUGCUGCAGACAUCAAGAGAUGUGAGCGGCAGUGAACUCCUUUUAAUGAAGGAGUACCUCAGCUUGCCUUUGAGCAGCCUGAAGCCGGUGCUGGCUGCAGCACAUAUCAGCACCAUCAGACUAAUCCUUCAGUAUUACAACAGUUUCAAGAACACCAUAAAGUUAUCUAAAGAGUACCAGUCGACCAUGGUGUCAGUGAUACUUAAGACCCACCAGGCAACAGACAGCAAACUUCUUCUUGACCUGGGUUCUCUGCUGGUCGCAGUCAGUCCAGAUGAUAUCAAGACAUUUCCCUCCUUACAGAACAAUGACAAUUUACGGGAGAUCAUUAACACGAACUUGGACAGGAUGAGCCUGGCCCAGCGGGAGGCCUUUGGCUUGUGGUACAGCAAAGUUUUAUCUCCCUCCAACAUCACUGGAGGUCAUCAGUCACUCAUCAGGGUCACAGGAAACCUGAUCGCCUACUUGCCUUUCCAACUCUUCCAACACCUCUCAGCUGCUCAGCUGCUGGACGGACUGGAUGUGCUGCAGAGAAACACCCUCUCGCCGCUAAAGCAGGAUUUCAUCGCCAGCAAACUUAUUGGGACCUACAGGAACAUGACAGCUCAGGAUCUCAUCAGAUUGGGAAAUGUCUUAUGCCUCGCAGAGGCAAAGGAUCUCCUUGUUUACAAAAACACUGAGGUCUUCCAGGUCAUCCAGGAGAUUAUUAUGAACUGCACACUCAGUGGACUCAGUAUGCCCAGCCAGCUGGUUUCAGAUCUCUUACUGAGCAACCCAGAGUUUAAGAUCCCAUCCUCACUCAGUUCUGACCGCCUGGAAGAGAUCGCUCCACUCCUGCCCUUGCUGGGCGUAACUUUCCUGAAUGGUCUGACGACAUCCCAGUUGCUCGCCGCUCUUCCUGCCCUCAGCACCGUACCGUUUACUCCAACACAGGCCUCCGUAAUCGUGGACAAACUUCUAUCUAACGCACGGCUCCCAGACCAGCUGGAGGAGCUCGGUUCCCUCAUUGUUGGUGUAAAGACAGAGACCCUCCUGUCCCUCAAUUCUGACAGACUGCUCUCCGCCAUGAAGGCCUUCGCUCAACACACUCCCGCUCUCUGCCGGCCAUACAUGUCGGUCUUCUGUGCGCCGGAAACAAACGCCAUUGCCACGAAACUAUGGGGCUUCCCUGAAGUUGUCAGCUGGUUGGACGACAUGGAGCCUCUGCUCAGAUGGACGCCUCUGAUAUGUGUCCUUUCAAGAACACCGCUUCUUGUGAAAAAUCUCUCCAAGACCGCCACGAAACCCUGGAAAACGCAGCAGGCUCAAGCCAUUGUCAAGGCAGUUAAUACUUACACAAAUCAAACCAAGCAAAGUUUUCUGAGCCUGGGAACCCUGGUUCAGGGUGUGAGCUGCAAGGACCUACACCAACUUUUUCAGGCUGAUCGGUCGCCUCCUUUUGUGAGGAAGAUCUUGGCCCUCCUCAGGCAACAGCCCAGUCUUCUUCACACUGCGCUGAAAAGGUGUGUGAUUGAGGAGCUGUACCCACUUCAGUUCUUCGCUGACCUUCUUCAAGAUCUUGGAGCUGAAAUUGCUUUGUGCAUACCGAUGGUCAUCAUUAGGUUGCUUCCUGCAGAUAUGAUGGACAUUCUGAGGAAGAUGAUUGUUGCCUCCCCUCAGCACUUUCUCAUGUUAACUAGAAUACAGCAGGAGAUUCUCGUGGACAAAAUCAUUCAGAGGAUGAACAUGUACACUGGGCCAUUCACUGAAGAGGAGUUUCGUUCACUAGACAUUAUGGCCCCAUUUGUGGCGGAUGAAGUUUUCGUUCAGGUGGAUCGAAGCUUCUUCACUAAAAACCUGGAUUACCUCCAAAGGCUUUGCUACAGCAGCAGCAAGAUGGAAAUUGUGGCCCGUAUUCUUCAAGAACCGGCUGUUUUUGGGCCAGUGAAGAACUGGAACCAGGCAACGCUUAGUGCAGUGGGACGAUUUCUCUUCUUCCUGCCUCUUAACGUUUUGCAGGACUUGCCAUUGCCACUGAUGACAGUGGGGCGCAUAGAGAAGCUGUUCAUGAGCCAGCGUCAGUGGGAAGAUGGUGACGUGGGGAUCCUCUGCUCAGACAUGAACGAAAUAAAGGAUGUUUUUAGCAAACGGCAGUUCGUUCUGCAGUUUUUCCUGGGCUUCCUUAAAAUGAAUUAUAUGUCAUCGCCUCCAAUUGUUCCUACCUGUGAGAUUUUGCACACCACGCUCCCCUCUGCUUGGACCCCCAGCAGCUUCAGCAGCAUGUCUUCAUUGGCCUUCUCCAACUGUCUGGAGCUGAUAGGCCAGGACCCAUUUCUUGCAUCCUACCAGCGUGUCGAGAUUCUCAAAAGAGUCAAAAAGAUAUACGGACCCACCGCCUCCUUCUCCCAGUCUGUGAUUGCUCAGCUGGGUGAGAUAGCAGUAGAGCUGACACCAGAGGAGCUGAGAACUCUUCGACUGACAGAGCGACGGAGUAUCAGUGCUUUGGGAGCUCUCAAAACCUGGAACAAAAGACAGCUGACUGCACUGUUUACCGCCGUGUUAGACUCUACCAAACUGAUACCAAGUAAGCUUGACUCCAGUAUGCUGGUGGCCCUGGGCCACAUUGUGUGCGGAGCUCAAAUCGCAGAGAUCAACACUUUUAACAAUGUGGAGUUCAGUAAGGCGGUUCUUUGGCUGGGAAAGCUCAACCUGACCUGCUCAGAGGAGCAGAUGGGGGCUUUGGUUGGGCUGCUCACCCACAAUCUUGCUUUUGGAUUCAUGAGCUCAUGGGGCACAGAUGUGUUUAUUGAGAUCGGAUCUCUGGCAGGUGGUCUUCCUGACAUUGUCAUGUCAUCUCUGGCGAAAGAGCAAAUCGAAGGAAUCUCACCCAUGGCUAUGUCCAUGAUACCACCUAAGAAGUUUUCUGUGGUAUUUCACGAGAACCAGAUCAACAUGUUCACCUAUGAGCAGGCUUAUGCAUUGACUCCAGAGCAGCGCUCAGCUCUGACAGAUGUCCAGAGAAGAGCUAUUGACAUGGUGCUGACUUGCUGGAAAAGAAACAUAGAUUUGUCAGCAGGGCUGGCUCAGAGCCACAGCCUUCUGUGCAUCAUACUGGGACUGCUGAUGGUGCUGGCCGUCCUGUUCUGACCCGACACAUGAACCUGCUCACUCUACUGGAUCAGAAGCUUCAUCACAACAAUAAAAGCACAUUUCAUUUACAACUCUGGACUAUAAACAUGACAGUUAUCGCAAUCACAAUGUGUUUUCAGCAGCAAUCAGUCAGUGUGACAUCCAAAGCUUUAUAGAUUAACUCAUGGCAGAAAAACAUACGUAGACAGUAUUUAUUUUUUAUAAGCCUAAUUGAAUCCAUUCUGCCCUAAUUUAUUACUCUCUAUGCGCAAUGUAUUAAAACAACUUCUGCCUCAAACCUACAGAUUUAUAUAUAUAUAUGCUUUUCAAAUAAUAUAUGUUCU